AUGGAGAUCAGGAUCCCGGAAACAACUCGCAUACCACACCUGAUCGUCUCGAAACCAGGUGAUGCUCCUUACCUGUGGUCUUGGCGCUUUUCGCCUGCAGUCAAGCAAUCUUCUUCGGUGGAGGCGGCGGUGGAGGGCAAAGCAGCUGUUGUUGCAGUUGCGGAACACCACAACCAGCAAGUUGUGGAUGCGGUGUGCAGUGCCCACCUCCAGCACCAUGCCCAGCAUGUGUUCAACAAGUCUGCCCUCCUCCACCAACAGCAUACUGCCCUCAAGUUCAACCAGUCUAUGUGCAGUCCUGCACUGGAAGCUCAUGUGGUACACCCGCCUGCACUGGAAGUAGUUGUGCCAGCGCAGCAGCAGCAGCUUGCACUGGAAGUGGAUGUGGAGGAGGCGGUGGAGGAUGCCGCGGAAGCGACUGCGGAGGAGGAGGUGGAGGAGGAUACGCGACAUCCUUCUGGAGGAGGUGGUGGCUAUGCACAAUCUGGCGGCGGAUACGGUGGUGGUGCAUACCCAGCAGGUGGAGGAGCUGGAUAUGGAUAUCCUUCCGGUGGAGGAGGAGGAGCUUACCCAGCCGGUGGUGGUGCAGCUCCAUACCCAGCCGGUGGUGGUGCAGCUCCAUACCCAGCCGGUGGCGGUGCAGCUCCAUACCCAGCCGGUGGCGGUGCAGCUCCAUACUCAGCCGGCGCCGGUGCACCUCCGUACUCAGCGGGUGGUGGUUUCAGCUCUAAUACAGGAAUUCCAGACGUUCUUCCAGGGCCAUCUCGACAAGAAGUCGUUUCUCCUGGUUAUACACCAGAAGGUGUUGUUGAAGAAGCACCUCAAGCCUCCAACGUUGCCUCAACUCUAAAGAAACAACGAUCUGAGAUCCAAUGCGACCAACCAUCCCUAAAAGUCAAAUACAUCAUGUUGAGGGCCAAGAAGGGCCCCGGACUUGGACAAGACAUAUUGGAAGAGGUGGAAGAGGUUGAUCAUCCACCACCAGUUGAAGCAACUGCAUCUCCAUUGGAAGCCAAGCAGAUUGGCGAAGAUAUUGAACAUAACGAGGCCUCUGAAUACGAUGACGAC